GGGGGAGUCGCAGGGAAGUGACGUCACCAAGAGGCGCCGCGGCGAUGGCGACGGUGUUGGGCCUGGAGGGAUCGGCCAAUAAAGUGGGAGCGGGAAUAGUGCGCGAUGGGAAAGUGCUGAGUAACCGCCGAGAGACCUUCGUCCCCCCCCCCGGCACUGGCUUCGCCCCGGGCCCCGUCGGGCGCCAUCACCGCCGAGUGCUGUUGGAGUUGGUGUCGUCGGCGCUGAGCGACGCCGGAUUAACCCCUCGGGACGUGGACGCCAUCGCUUUCACCCGAGGGCCCGGCAUGGGGGCUCCGCUGGCGGUGGUGGCGGUGGUGGCGCGAGCGUUGGCGCAGCUUUGGGCGCUGCCCCUUUUGGGGGUCAAUCAUUGCGUGGGGCACAUCGAGAUGGGGCGAUUGUUGGGGGGCGCCCGGGACCCCGUUAUCCUCUACGUUAGCGGGGGCAACACCCAGGUACUGGUUUUCUCGCGGCACCGAUACCGGAUCCUCGGAGAGACUCUGGAUUUGGCACUGGGGAACUGCCUGGAUCGACUGGCGAGGGAACUGGGGCUCUCCAACGACCCCAGUCCCGGCUACAACAUCGAGCUCUUGGCCCGCAGGGGCCGUCGCCUACUGGAACUGCCCUAUGGGGUGAAGGGCCUCGACCUCUCCUUCUCGGGGCUCCUGGCGCACCUCCAGGCCGUGACCCCCAAGUUGUUGGAGUCGGGAGAGGCGACGCCGGAGGAUCUCUGCUUUUCCCUUCAGGAGACGGCGUUCGCGAUGGUGUCGGAGGUGUCGGAACGAGCGCUGGCGCUGACGGGAGCCGAAGAGCUGCUGCUCGUGGGGGGCGUGGCCUGUAACCAACGGCUCCAGGAGAUGCUGAGGACCAUGUGCAGCGCCCGAGGGGCUCGACUGUGCCCCAUAGAUGAGAGGUACUGUGUGGACAAUGGGGCGAUGAUCGCGCAGGCCGGCGCCGAGAUGCUGCGUGUGGGGCAGGAGACGGCGCUGAGCGACUCGGGGGUCACGCAGAGGUUCCGCACAGACGAGGUCGAAGUCACGUGGAGGGACUGAGGCUCCGCCCCCUCCCUCUCGAGCCACGCCCCCUCCUCUCAAGCCACGCCCCCUCCCCGCGCUUCAAUAAACCCGCGCUUUGGUUUC